GGUCCAGGCAGUUAACCUGCCGAGGUAAAAAGCACGGACAAGAAACCGGCAGAACCCGAUCCGUUGCAUGUUGCAUGUUGCAUCCCUGUUGUUUCCCUGUUGCCUGCCCUCAACGAUACGGUAUCUCCCAACACCCCAUUGCCAUAAAACAAAGUUGGCUUAGCAUCACAUCACAACAGAAAAAGCAGAAUGGGAAACAAAUCCUCCACAGAAUCCUUGGUCUCCAAAGAUCCAGAUCGAUAUUUCCCAGUACCACGAGAACAGUACUUGCGAUUGGGUCUUGACUCCCCUCCUGAAAAUGGUUACGAUGAUUUUCUAAAGUUGGUUUGGUGUCGUGACAUGAAAUACGAAAAGCAGCAAGAGAAAAAGGCGGCCAAAGAAGGCAAGACCGAUGUCGUCAUUGACAAAAAGUAUUAUCUAUGUAUUGUUGGCACCUACGAGCCCUAUGGGAAGAAUGUCCCUCCUAUCAACCUGAAUAAACAUGGAUACAAGGCGUUACCCAAGUGGACCGAUCCAGAUCACAAGGAAGAGAUUCUGCGAAAUGGGUACUUUUUUCAAAAUGACGAAUUCAUAUUGCAGCACUACCCGCAAGCCAUCAAACCAGCAGAAGAUUAUCCCUACGUGGAGCAGUUCGUCAAAGGCUAUCAACAUUGGAACAAUGGACAACAACCAACCAAUGAUCAAAUACGAGAACACAAGAUAACGGUGGCAGUCUCGAUCAUGCGAGACAUCAGUCGCUUGGAAGAGGCCGGUGAGGAUGACAACGAAACUCUACAAAGAUUCAAGGAUAUAUUGCUAUCUAUGGAUCUUGAUUCGGAGCUGCAAAAAGAAUGCGAUAGUCGGAUUGGAGAAAAGAAGGAUGGCGAUGCUGCAGAAUAGGCCAUCUACUGCACUAACACCCAGGGUGUCACUGUGGUUGGCAUGACAAGUCCUUGCUUUUGUAGAAUUGAAAUGAAAUGAAUUCCGAAGACAAUCAACCUGAACCAAAGCUAUCCCGUGCAUUUUACUUGCGGCCUCUAGAAGGACAGCCAGCCGGAGGCUAGUGCCCUCAACUUGCAUUUUUCUAAAGACCAAGGAAGGGUUCUGGACCGGUAGCCUUAACCUUGCAAGGGAAACCAUGCCAUAUGUACGCAAGGGAAACCGCACCCUAUGUAUGCGACACUACCGGUAGCCUUAACCUUGCAAG